CCCCUUUGUUCAGUCUAGCCGGUGGGUUGAGUCAGAGGGAGGCUGUGCUAACCCAACAAACCCAUACCAUCGUGGGAACACGGGCAGGAGAGCGAAGAGGCCAGAAAAACACCGAAAACCGGACAGUUUGGGCGGAAAAUCGGAGGCAGACGAGAGAAAAGUUGGCUUUGAGUGUCGCUGAUGCUGCGUUUCAUUUUCACCGAUCAUCCGGAUGUUUGUGUGUUUUAGUUCUGGAUCCUGAAGCUUCAUGUCGAGGAUCUUCUCCCGGUGGUCUCUGCUUUAGCUCCCCGGCUGACUGAACUGAACCGGCGGACUAUCUAACCCUCAUCCCCGCCGGUCUGCUGUGUGUGUCUGUGUGUGUCUGUGUGUGUGUAUCUGCUGCUGCAGUUGUUGUUUCCAUCCUCCUCACUGACGGACUGACUCUCAGUUUCUGCUCAGCAUCCAUAUUUGCAUCCCAGGGAGUGGCAACCACUAAUCCCCCUUUGGCCUGGGAAGAAACCUGAAAGUUGGCCGGUUGUCGGACACCCCUCGGACGCUUUAUUUCCCCCUGAAAGGUGAGUUUAAUCCCGCAGUUUUGUGUCUUUGUGCCGUUUUUGUUCAGGGGGGAGACUGUGUGUUGAAGUGAAGGACAGCUUUAGGACCACGUUGCCGCAGUCGCUACAACAAUGGAUCAAAGUGUCGUUGUGUUGGAUUUAGUGGAGGUGCGCAUUAUCAUCCUCUGAACAUCAGGGAUCCAUCUGAUGCUUAAUCCGAGUUUAUCGGGGGUUAGUCUCAGGCUGAGCUGAAAUCUCAGUUUAGGGCCUCACAGCCAUCAUUGUCGACAGCUUCAUGUGGAUUCUGAGUUCUCUAUAAUCAAACAUGUUUGUAAUAAUCUGUAUGAGGUUUAAUGAAACAGGAACAGAUUAACUGCCCAGAUUGGUAGUCUGCCUGGUUUCUCCCCUAAUUCUCCCUGCCCGGUCUAACAGCCUGAUCCAGAUGUGUGUUGUUUAUUGUGGGCUAUAACGGCAUUAGAUCUCCUUAAUGGGCUUUGGGCCAUGAUUUGUAGGCCAUGCUCCACUUGGGCACCGGCCUACAUAGCCUGGGUUUGAUUAUUACUCUGCUAAAACUGACCAUUAAUAAAAUAUACAAAGCUUUGGCGUGGAACAGGUCGGUCUACGCCUGUAAAUAUGCAGUUAUACGCUGAUAUUUACAGGUAUUUGGAUAAUGAAAACACUUGAAACUCAAAUAUCUUCAUUUUUGGGAGUUUUUUUUGGUGCUGUUAUGACGUUAAUCUGUUCAGCGAGGACGUUUGAUACGCUGACCUGAAACAGAAGUAAAGUGAGGUUUAUAAGUGGGAUCCUAAAUCCGAUAAUCCUGCGAUAAAAGAAACACAAAUAAUGGAGAUUAUUGAGUUUAAAAUGUGCAUGAGGCCCACAGAACAACCAGAACCAGGGUUAGAGGAGGAUCAGGUGUGUGUUAGUGAAGCAGAGGGACACAGUGAGCAUGCUCAACAAAGCUGCAACGUUUACAACCAUCAGUGAUGAACCAACACCUUAAGGUCCAUAUCAGAGCAGAACAGAGACGACCCAAAUGGUGGUUCUACAGUCCUGGACCAGAGCCCAUCAGUCCGUUUCCAUGACAACUGAGAAAACCGAAUUAUCGCCUUAUUCCGAUUAAGACAACUGAAGUUCAUAUAAACACUUUAGUCCGACUAUAAUCAGAGUUUAAGAACUCCGAUUAAGACACCCAGAUAAUGCGAUUGGAAUUUGAUUUUCUAUGAUCGGACAGUGCAUGUGCGCCACGCCCCCGUAACCCGAUGUAGCGCGUCCAUCAUGUCGGACAAAAACAACGCUGUACGAUGCUCCAUCUUCUUGUUUCUCCAAAAUGCCCAGCAGCAGUUGUAGACACUUCUGACGUCUGACACCGACCUGCUGUUGUUGUUGACAUUUGUAACAGACCCAUAUCGCCCCCUAGUGUUGGGGAGGAGGACACGUUCAUGUCAAAAUUAUGAAUUAUGAGUUUAGUCUGAUUAAACUGAGACUGUAAACGAACUGAGUGUCUCAUUAACUCGACGUUUGCUGUAAUAAGCAGCCAGGAACACAGACAGGAGCCAGAACCAGGACCACAGUGUUACCUGUGAAGUCUGCAGCACGGCUCCUCAGAGCCAGGUGGGAGGGGUAUCCAGGAGUAUUUCAGGGUCCCAGAUCUCCCAGUGGUCCUUUGUUUUUGUCUUGGCAGAUGAGAUUAAAGUAGAAAUGCAGACGGGGGACAAGAAAGGAGGCGUCACAAUAAAUCUGAAUAUUUAUCAUCGUGUCAGCGGCGUUCAGAAACACGCAGCUCUGUCAGGGUUUGUAGACGUGAGCUGCUGGAAAGAGAAGUUUUCUUUUAAAUGUAAAAUACUCUCAACCUCUCCUGUCGUAUCACCUGAGAGUCACACCUCCUGCAGUGAGAAAUAACUGUGGCCUUUUCACACGUUCACGUUCUUAAAUAAUGUGUUGGCACGAUGUAAACAAUGGAACAGUGCAGCUGCAAAGUGUGUCGAAGAAAAGAAAACAUGAGAGUAUUUACAUGACAGGGUUAUACAGCAGUCUGCAGAAGACUGUGAGUGCAUCAAAAUAAGUCAGUAAAGAUCCAUGAAUGAGUAUUAAAACGUAACGAUAAUAAUAAUAAUAAUAACUUUAUUUGUAAAACAUUUAAAAAACAGACAGAAAACAAACGUACAGUGAAGCUGCAGAAGAACAGACCCUGAUUUUAUGUUUCAGAGAAAUGAUUCACGGCUCAGUGGGUUUAGGGUGUUCAGGGAUCUUCUAAAUUAAAGGUGAGCGGCACCUCUCCGUCCAUACAGGUGUGGAGGUCACAUGACUCAUGAACAGUCUACCUUUAAGAGACGACGGACUCAGAGUGACUUUAUUCAUCUCUGCAAGAAAUCAGCUGAUGUCUCAUCCAGACAGAACCACCCUGGGUUCUGUUCUGCAGAACCACCUGCUCAUUAAACAUCAUCACGUCUGUGUAUGUACAUUAUAUUUGUGCAUAUGUGAUAGAUUCAAAACAGUAUCCAUGGUAACGACAACUAAAGCGUCUCAUUCUUCUUUUGAUGGUUAUUUUGAGUAUUUGAAUGUGUACGACAGUAUAUACAGUCCUCUGGUUCUGGUUUGUCUCCAUGACUGUGAACUCUUGAAUGUCUGAGAGUAGGGCUGGGCAAUAUGUGAAAAAGUUUAUCAUGAUAUAUUAUUGAUUUCCUAUCAGCUGAUAUGGAUCAAUAUCAGGAUAUAAAAAUCUAACAGUGUUUAUUGGUCUCAUGUCUUUUCCAACACAAUAAUCUCCUGCAUCUGUGAGGUCUUUGUGUCUCUUUGGCGUUUUGUCGUAAGGCGUCGCUCUAGAGAAAGCCGACUGAAUGGUCGUCUGUUUCAGGCGCCACGGGCUCCUCGCUCCUCUCGGGGUUGGUAACCUUUGGCGUUGCGCGUGCUCUGCGGCGUGGCGCUGCUUCAGGUGGUGAAAAAGAUUUGAGGUAUUCCCCGACUUUGUGAGAACAUGUACUCGACAUAAUUUACAGUCCACAUUACUCUGCUUCAUGUCCGACCUCCAAAAACCAAAAUACCUCCACACCACCGACGUUUUCCUAACGCCAGUGUUGUGGUUGACAUUGAUGUGGUCAUCUGUUGAGCCUUCAUGGUCAUUUCUGUCGGGGGUAGCACUCAUUUUCUUUGUUUCUCACCAACAGUGCUGUCGGCUUCACCUGUUAAAGUGCUAUGGUUGGGUGGAGCUGCUGUCUGCUCAGUCGGUUGAUUCUUGGUUCUAAUCGUUCUGAUCGUUUUAUCGCCUAGUGUGUCUAAAAGAGGUGAGCGCUCCUGUGGGGCUCAGUCCUGCAGCUCAGUGAAAUCAGCCUGUUUGUUGAACAACCUCCAGGCCUUCGUUGGUUGGUGAAUCGGUUCGUUCAUUCUUUCGUUUGUUGGUGUGUUCGUAGGUUUGUUCGUUAGUUGGUUUGUUGGUUUUGUUGGUUGAUUACUUUGUUGGGUCAUUGGUUUAUUGGUUGGUUGGUUGGUUUGUUUGUUUGUUCGUUCGUUGGUUUGUUGGUUUGUUGGUUUGUUGGUUUGUUGGUUCAUUGGUUGGUUGGUUUGUUGGUUGGUUUGUUGGUUUGUUGGUUUGUUGGUUCAUUGGUUGGUUGGUUUGUUGGUUGGUUUGUUGGUUUGUUGGUUUUGUUGGUUGAUUACUUCGUUGGUUUAUUUGUUGGUUUGUUGGUUUGUUGGUUUGUUGGUUUGUUGGUUUGUUAGUUCAUUGGUUCAUUGGUUGGUUGGUUUGUUGGUUUGUUGGUUUUGUUGGUUUUGUUGGUUGAUUACUUCGUUGGUUCAUUGGUUGGUUGGUUAGUUUGUUGGUUUGUUGGUUUGUUCGUUCGUUCCUCUGUCACCUCCUGAAUCCUUUCAGUCCCGUUUCUCCUCCUCUCUCUCUCUUCCACCAGCUCAUCAUGGAGAGUGACAGCCUCCUCCACUCCCACAUCUAGUGCCUGAUCCAGAAGCCUUCAUCAUCAGGGAGGAGCUCUCAGGUCCUGGCCGUCUUCCCUGCCUCUCUAGAAUGAACAUGCUGAAGUCCAGCGGACUGAAGAUCCCUGGCCGGGGGCCCAAACAUUCCAGCCCAGUGGGGAGGACCUCAGCGGGAGGAACCUCCAGCCCCGUGGUCCCCAAAGACAGUGAGUUAUACUUCCUGCUUCUGAAAACAGAAGGAGUUUCUCUCCUUCUCCUCCGGAAGUUUCUCAGUGUGAUAAUAACUCAGCCGAACACAGCUGCUUCACAUUACACACACACACACACACACGCACACACACACACACACACACACACACACACACACACACAUUAACAGGAAGUGUUGUCUUCAGCUGCUGACUGUUGAUUCAUGUGAGAAAGGGUCUCCGUUCAUUUCAGUGUUAAAGAAAAGUUCAGAUUUAUCUCUCAGGUGGAGCGACUUUCAUUAAGUUCAGGAUGUUGAGUGGAGUUCAGUGGGUGUCCUCUUUAUGUUUGGUGUUUUUUUUAGUUUAGGGUCAAAUUAAAACCACCAAUUUAGGGUCAAACCCACCAUAAGUUAUACCAAGUUAUACCAACUUUAGUAACGACCACAGGAUAACAAUACACAGCGGUCUGAGGAGCCAUAAACAAACCUCAACCAAAACGCCACUCUAUUUCCAUUACAGACUACAGCGGGGUGCCGCAGCUCAAGGAAGAACAUUUAUGAUCAUUUCUUCAUGGAAAUACAAUCAGACCGAGACGCUAAGACAGAAGAACUACCGCGUCUGUAAAAUGAUCAAUAUGGUGAUUAUUACUUCAAUGAUAAAGAAACGUAUUUUCUGUUUGACGCUGACUGAACGCGCUCAGCAUGGCGCCUGAAGGCAUCGUCAUCUCCUCGCAGGGGAAUCUAAAUACAAACAUCUCUACGGUUCUCAGGACAAAGAGAGUAAAAUAAGAAAAUAAAACCUAAAAUCUGUUUCUUUUUAAACCGAUUUUUCAGUUUUUACCGAUUUUCUCCUCCAUCAUGUCUCUAAACUAACGAAGAAACAGUUCGACUCUUUUUCUCGUCUUUGUCCAGAAAAUCAAAAACGUGUUUUUCCUCCAAACUGGAUUUAUCAACGAUUUCAGGCUCAUAUGAGAAACAGAGAAACAGAACGGGGACAUGUGGACAUGUGGACAUGUGGACAUGUGGACUUUGACCUGCUGCUGCUAAAAUCCGACUAACAAAAAUAAACAUCACAAUGAAAAUCUGCUCAGAGUCGGCACAGAUGUUUGUUUAUCCACCGCAGUUUUAGCUCAGGACUGAAACUCACACACACCACAGAUACUGGAGGGGUGUGUGUGUGUGUGUGUGUGUGUGUGUGUGUGUGUGUGUGUGUGUGUGUGUGUGUGUGUGUGUGUGUGUGUGUGUGUGUGUGUGUGUGUGUUUGAGGAUGUUAGGGUUCAUGUUGAAGGAGGAACUUUGGUCCUUGGGUUCUUUAGAUUCUAUUACACGAUACUUAACCCAGUACAUUAAUAACAUUAUAAUAUUAAAAUAUUAUUAUAAUUUGAUUAUGGAUCUGUGAAAAUAUUAUUUUCUAUUCUAUUCUAUUAUAAUACUAUUUUAAAUAUAUAUCAUAAUAUAAGUAAAUAUCCUUUAUAAUAUAAUUACAUAUCUAUUUUAAUCUAUUAUAAUAUUAUAUAUCCAUUAUAACAGUAUUAUAAUACUAUUACAUAUAUAUUAGAAUAUUUUUAUAAUAUUAAUAUAUUUCUAUUAUAAUAUUAUUAUACAUCUAUUAUUAUAGUAUUGUGAUAUUUAUAUAUUUUAGUUACAAAAUUAUUACAAUAUUUUUAAAUAGCUAUUAUAACAUAUUUAUAAUAUUAAUACAUUUCUGUUAUAAUAUUAUGAUAAUAUUAUUGUUUUUUAUUAUAAUAUAUUUAUAAUAUUAAUAUAUUUCUAUUGUAAUAUUAUUGUUUUUUAUUAUAAUAGUAUUAUAAUAUUAAUAUAUUUCUAUUAUAAUAUUAUUAUACAUCUAUUAUAAUAGUAUUAUAAUAUUAAUACAUUUUUAUCAUAAUAUUUUUAGUCGUAGUAGAAAUGAAGGUUUAGGUCCAGGUCUCUGCUCUUGUGUUUCUUCUUCUUCAGUUUCAGGCUCUAAACUUCAGUCGGUCUCGUCCCUGUUGGUUUUGUUUGAUUCUGAUUUUAUAAAAAGGUAAUAAAACAAAUUUCUGUCUGUUUCUCAGAGUCAAAAAUCCCCUACAGGAGCUUUAAGAGGCUCUGACAGUGUCGUCUGUAAAUGCGUCUGUCCUCUGGUCUGGUGACGGUUUUUCCUUGUUCGUGUUUCUUUGUUGAUUUUCUGUGUUUCUGGAGCCACAGUGGUAUUUAAUAAAUAAACAUAUAUUUACAUGAAUGUAUAUUUAGUCCUCAGUCCUGGGACACUCCUCCUCCUCCUCCUCCUUCAGCAGAGAUCAGUUUCCUGUCUCUGAUCGUCUGAACCCUGACCCGGCCUCGUCCUCCACUCUGUUUGUUGGUUUUCUGUGGGAGGGGGUCUGAAGCUGGCAGAGUGAACUUCCUGAACUUAAAGAAGUGUUUCCACAGAAAGAGAGCGAGCGGUGGAAAAGAUCCCGCCUCCUUUGAGCCGCGUUUGAUGUGGAAAUAGCUGAGCUGUCGCUGCGCCACGUCUCUGCUGACCUUGGAAGUGAGCGUCUCAGCAGAAACAUCAUCUCAGACUCGCUCAGAAGCUGCCGAGUUUAUCUCAGAUUUACUCGUUCUUCACCUCAAACUCGCUCACCGUCUCCGUUAGUUCUGGAUUGUCCUCAGUCAAAGGUCCAGAAACAGAAGCUCUGGACGUUCAGGAUGAAGGUGGAAAUUAGGGGUAAACCUUGAGAUGUUGUUUGAAACUGAGGAUGAAGCAUCUAGGAUUUCCAGUUCUUCGUUGAAAGUCCAGUUGUCCUCUCCAAAAGAGAGUUAGAUUUAGAUUUUGAUCCUCAGAGGAACGGAAAGAAGUCGGUGUAAAUCGACACGUUAACUUGAAUGUUUACGAUCAGCUACGAUCGGAGGAUACGACCUUUUAGGAGACGAUCAGGAUGAAGGUGGAGAUUGGGGGUUUGGGUUGUGAUGGAAAGUUCUGGUUUUAGUCCCUCAUGGACUGGUCUACGGUGGACACAAGAGUCUUAGAUUAACGAGGAAACCAGAUUAUCGUGUUUAUGUUCUUCGGUGAGUGAGAUUAUAGUGUUUUUGGUCUUAUUUGAUCCAGUAAAAUGAAGGUUCAGGAGUAGGCGGGUGGGGGGGGCAGAAACAUACUAAGGGAGAGUCCAGCCCCCCCGCUCCUGCUCCUGCUCCUGGUUUCUGACCCUGUACAUUAACCUUCAAUUAAAGACUGUAAAGAGCAUCUGUCUCCUCCUGCUAACUGAGCGACCUGGUCCAGAACAAAACCAGGAUCAUAAAUGAUCAGCGCCGGAGAGCGAGCAGAGGGGGGGGGGGGGCGGUUCUGUGGAGGUUUCAUUGUGCUGAGUGGAUGAAUAGUGGGAUUCAGAUGGUGCUGGAGGAGGAGGAGGAGGAGGAGGAGGAGGAGGAGGAGGAGCAGCACAAUAGUCAAAGUAAGGACUGUGUUUCUUCGCUCCGCUGAGGAUCCUUUUACCCUCGCUCGCCUGUUGCCGCGGCAACCUAAAAUCAUGGGUUAGCUGAGUCUUUUAAAGACUACCCUGGGAUCACAUGACGCAGCGCUCGGUAAUAACUGAGUCUGAUCCUGAGCAGAACUAAAGAAGGUUCUCCAACAACAAACGAGGCAGGAUCAGGUCCUGUUCAGAACCAGAACUUUCUAGUCCUUUUGGGGGGGUGGAGGGUUUUCUACAGGAAGAGUGGAUCAGAUCAGCAGGUCAGACCAGGACCGUGGACGGGGUCUGAACUGAUCAGGUCAUAAACAUGUUCUAGUCUCAUGAAUCAGAUCCUGUUUUGACAGGAUCAGACUGUCAGUCAGAUCCUCUCUCAUCACUUCAGUGUUUGAUCUUGUUUUGUAUCUCAGUCUAUCCUGUUUUUACAGGAUCUUACUGUCUCCUCUCUCACUCUGUUACCCUCUGGUUCCCUGUCUUCUCAUCUUGUUCUUGUUCAGUUCUCGGUGUGAAGACGUUGACUUUCCUCCGUCACUGUUGUUGCUCAUUUUAAAGGUUUUUUAUAUCUGAUCACAAACUGAACAAAAGUAACAGAACAAACAACAUGAUCGUGUGCAGAAGUCUGAAUUCAACACCGUAGACCAGGAAGGAGCUUUAUGACUUUAUCUCACUCAGGAUGGAUGGUUUUUUAUCCUCCAUGUUUUUACUCCAUCUGAUGAAGCUCCAGCUGUCUUUAACCUUCAGAUUUACUGGAAUAAAAAACUGAUUUAUUUUAGUUCUUCACAAACAUGAGAGUUAGAGGAGACCUGGUCAGAGUGUCUGUGUGCAGAAAUGUAAAUAAAUAUAUAUUUAUAUAUCAAACAUGUUUGACACUUUGGACUCUGAACUGACCCAGAAUCUUAGAUAAAGACCUCUGAGAUAGACGGGGUCCUGGUUCUGUUCUGAACCCUCUCUGGAGGGACCUGGUCUCCCAGCUGUGGGUCGAACUCUCUCUUGGACUGAUCGCUGAUGUUGAUGCUGUUUGACAGUUUCCUCCGGGCGACUCUCAUUCUGACGAUUAAUGAAGAACCUGAGUUCUCCCAGGGUCCGCAGAACGUCGAUAUCUGUUAGACGGACUAUUGAUUAUAGCGACUCAAACAUCCUGGAUUUAAUAAUAACAAUAAUAAUAAUAAAAUAUUUACUGUAUUAAACAUUCAGGAUUUAUAUUUAAUAAUAAUUAAAAAAUAAAAGAAAUUAAAUAAUAAUAAUAAUAAUUUAUAAAAUAUUUACUGACUCAAACAUCCAGGAUUUAAUAAUAACAAUAAUAAUAAAAUAUUUACUGUAUUAAAUAUCCAGGAUUUAUAUUUGAUAAAAAUAAUUUAAAAAAUAACAUAAAUUAAAAAAGAUAGAAUAUAAUAAUAAUAAUAAAAUUGUUAUUAUUAUAAAAUAUUUAUUAAAAUAUUUAUUGACUCAAACAUCCAGGAUUUAUAUUUAAUAAUAAUGAAAAAUAAAAUAAAAUAAAAAUAAUUAUGAUAAUAAUAAUUUAUAAAAUAUUUACUGACUCAAUCAUCCCGGAUUUAUAUUUAAUAAUAAUUAACAAAUAACAUAUAUAAAAUAAAAAAUAAAAUAAAAAAUAUUUUUAUUAUUAUUAUUAUUAUAAAAUAUUUAUUAAAAUAUUUACUGACUCAAUCAUCCAGGAUAUAUAGUUAAUAGUAAUAAUAAUUAUUAUUUUGAUAAUAAUAAAAUAUUAAUUUAUCCAGGGUUCAUGUUUACUGCCUCAGUUCUGGUUCUGUCUGUUGUGGAUCUGCGUCUGUAUCCUCUGAACCUGUCCUCUGAAAACUCUGUAAACUUCUCCACAUGUGCGAACGAUUGAACCUCCAGGUGAUUCCGGAGUGUCAGGUCUUCCUCAGGGUGUCAGAGAGGCAGACAGCGCGGGUACCGCCCACUUUGGCGAGCACAAACACAGAUGACCAGACUGUCACUGCAGCAGACGUCACACUGAUGGAGCUCUGCUCGUGUGUGUGUGUGUGUGUGUGUGUGUGUGUGUGUGUGUGUGUGUGUUAAUCAGCAGCACUUCACAGAUACGGCGGUCUCGCUCUGACCCAGUUUUCAGAGUGACGCCUCGUCACGCACAAACCACACUGUUGUCCCGCACACUGACACACAAACAGGUUUCUCUCUGGGCUGGCACGAGUGCUGGACUGGGAACGAGGGAGCGGAGCGGGUACAGAGUCCGCUCUGUUCCAGACCAGAACCCCCACCAACACCACCCUCCAUCAGUUUCUUAUUUCAGCUUAAUUUUCUCCGCCUCUCUUUUUUAGAUGUUAAUAAAAUGUUGAUAAAAAACAGAGUUUGAACGUUUGAUUAUUGAUUAAUUUAACUGAAAGUAGAAAAAGAAUCAGAGUGAAAAAGUGACGUUUUAUGAAGCUGUCGUCGUCAUGGUAACGUGGUCGAGUCAAAGAGUUUACUGAGAGACUGUGUGAGCGAACAGUUCAGGACAGAGUCUGGAUGUGUUGGUUUUCAGAGAACUGGGAGGAACCUCUGUACAAAAGGGGCGGGGCUUCACUCUGCACGCCCCUCAGGCAGCACUGCAUUAAAAUCAGACCGGACUCUGCAGUGGGAAUCAGCGCAUGAGAUCAGAACCACUUCAGAAACCAUGAUCGACACCGGUCUGGACUGACCUGGUCUCUUUAAAAACCUGCAGACAGACAAACAAAAACUGACCCCCGACCUCCACCUUCAUCCUGAUCGUCUCCUAAAAGGUCGUAUCCUCCGAUCGUAGCUGAUCGUAACCAUUCAAGUUAACGUGUCAAUUUACACCGACUUCUGUAAAUCCUAGAUGUCUAUUGUAUCAUAGAUAAAACCAUGACUCCCUGACGUAGAGGUCGGGUCAGAACCCGGCGGUCCUGCAGAACUCUGAGUUGAUGGUCCAGAUUCCUGAUUUCUCUCGUUUCUCCUCCUCACAGACGCUCCUCUCAAACCCACCACGCCGACCAAACUCACGGAGGAGGGGGACGAUGUUCUGGGGGAUUACACGGUCGGCGAACAGGUCUGGGUCAACGGGGUCAAACCAGGAGUUAUCGCCUACCUCGGGGAGACCCAGUUCGCCCCCGGACAGUGGGCCGGCGUGAUCCUGAACGACCUAGUUGGCAAGAAUGACGGUUCAGUGGGCGGCGUGCGCUACUUCGAGUGCCAGCCCCUCCAGGGGAUCUUCACGCGGCCCUCCAAGCUCAACCGACAGCCGGCGGGCGAAGGAAGCGACAGCCUGUCCACCGACUCCGUCUCUGCGCACAACCAGAGUCAGCAGGGCGGCGGCGGCGGUCCCCAGAGGGUGGUGGUGACUCUGAGAGAGGGGCUGCUCAACAGUGCGGUGAAGACGGGGAACGAGUCCGGGUCCAACAUGUCCGACAGCGGGUCCGUGAAGAAGGGAGGGGAGAAGGACCUGAAGGUGGGAGACCGGGUUCUGGUGAGUAACCGUGUUCUGGUCUGAAGGGUUCUGAGACAGUUUAAGGUCCACAUCAGAUCCACACUCAGAUAAUGGCGGCAGAAGCUCAGGAGGCGGAGCGGUCGGCCAAUAACCGGAGGGUUGGCGGUUCGAUUCCCCCGUCUCCUGAGUCUGUGCGUCGUGUCUCUGAGUAAGACUCUUAACCCACCUCUGUUCCCAGUGUGUGUGUGUGUGUGUGUGUGUGUGUGUCCUCACUGGUGUGUGAUUGUGAGUGUUGUGUGAUGGUCAGAGAGGCUGUAGGCGCAAACUGGCCGCCAUGUUUCUGUGAGUCUUCCUGAGGUCAGCUGAUGAUGGAUCCAACGAAAAGAGCUUUGAGGGUCUGAGAAAGAGUUAUAUGAGAUCUGAUGCUUUAUUAUUAUUAUACACAACAUGACCACCAGGGGGAGGAAGGGGUCGACCGUUCAAGUUAACGUGUCAAUUUACACCGACUUCUUUCCGUUCCUCUGCGGAUCGCCGGACUCCUCAGCUGAUCACAAGAGUUCUAUUUUUUCUGGACGCCGGAGCAUGGCGGAUAAAUUCAGCACAGAUUAACCCGUGCUGGAAAGGAAGUCGGGCACAGACUUCAAAAUAAAACAUCCGGCUUCUUUUCAAAAUAAAACACUCCGUGUUUCAGGAGGAUCGUAUUUCACACCAUGCAAACGGGCGGAGACGAACAAGUGAAAGGUUUUUAGACGUCAUUUCACCCCGAUGACACCAUGGAUGAGGAGAUGCUGAUUCUAGAAGUCUAGAAGUAGAUUUCCUCCUCUGGAAGGACACAAUCUACUGCUUAUAUGUCUAUAUGUCUGUCUUUAGAGAGACACUCGUUAUCGUGUGAUUGAACGUGAAUCUGCGGGUUCUUGCGUGCUCUUGCGAUUCCUGCUGUCUGUAAUCCGCCACGAAAUUCACCUCACAAACAGAUCUGGUACGAAUUGUCGGACAGUGAAAAUCGGCGCCGUUCUGGAUGUGGUGAAAAUUGGCGGUCAGAGUUUGAUCACCUUUUGUUGGCGAGUGUUCCUUCAGGUGAACUUUUCUAACUCAGGGAUCUUCUCCAGAUCAUCCCGAUCUUUGGUUUGUUCUUCGUCUGAGAAUAAUUUCAUCCUGAUCGGACAGACAUGAGCGUCUCACUCUCUCAAACAGGAAGUGGUUGUUGUCGAUGGUUAAAUUCACGCGGUCGCCUCGUUCCUGGUUCUUCUGCAGAUGUUUGAGACUCGGAUCUUCUUCAGAGCUUCUGUGUUUGUUUGAGUCUCAGAGGAAGAUUGAUUUCAGGUCUGAGGAGAUCUCCUGAUGAUGGAGGAGAAACCUGAGAGGAGCUCCGUCCCUGAGGAGACGCUGCUCCUCACUGAAAUCUGAGGUCAAAGGUCACGCUGACAUCCUCUGAGUCUGUUUGGACACAGAGGAGAGGAACACCUGAUCCAGUACAGACGGGCCGCUCCAGAACCGCCCUGCUGGUCAGUCCUGUAGAUCAGAGCGGAUUACUCUGAGCACUUAGAGGAGGAGAGCCGAUCUGACAUAUUGAUCAGUGGAUCAUUGAUCUCCUGAACCUCUCCUGGGUCAUCCAUCCUCUCUGCUCUGAAACACGACACCGCCGCAGAACCCGGAGAACCCGGAGAAACGAGACGAACUCUGAUCCGGAUCAGACGGUUUCUGACGUGGACUCCUGUAGACCACGUAAACUAGUUCACUGGAUUAUUUAGUUUUUAUCUAUAUUUGUGGUUCUGUUCAGUUUAAAUGUUUUUAUAUUUUUUUAAGUUUUAUUUUAUUUUAUUUUAUUUAUUUACUUUAUAUGUUAAUAAAAUGUUAAACUGAUCUCGAGUUUCUUUAGUUUUUAGUUCAGAUGCUUUAAAACAUGUAGUUUAAAAAAAAUCGUGAAAAUAACCGAGAUCGGACGAUACGACAAAAUCUAUCAUGAUCAUCUUUUUUUUGUCAAAUCGCCCAGUCCGACCUCAGGUCACAUUUUAGACUCAGACUCAGACUCAGACUCAGACCUGGUCCUCAGAGCUGGAGGUGUAGAUCUGAACUGUGAGUCACCCUAAUGUGUGGACCACAUCAGCAGGUCCAACGUCCCAGACCAGGAGGUCCUGAACCUGAGACCGACAGGAUGAAACGUUUCUCAGGUUUAUCAGCUGGUGUCUGAGAUUUUAAAAACAGAUGUUAGUUAGUUAGUUAGUUAGUUAGUUAGUUAGUUAGUUAGUUAGUUAGUUAGUUUGUUUGUUUGUUUGUUUGUUUGUUUGUUUGUUUAGUUAGUUAGUUAGUUAGUUAGUUAGUUAGUUAGUUAGUUAGUUAGUUAGUUAGUUAGUUAGUUAGUUAGUUAGUUAGUUUGUUUGUUUGUCUGUUUGUUUGUUUGUUUGUUUGUUUGUUUGUUUGUCCGUUUGUUUGUUUGUUUGUUUGUCUGUUUGUUUGUUUGUUUGUUUGUUUGUUUGUUUGUCCGUUUGUUUGUUUGUUUGUUUGUCUGUUUGUUUGUUUGUUAGUUAGUUAGUUAGUUAGUUAGUUAGUUAGUUAGUUAGUUAGUUAGUUAGUUUGUUUGUUUGUUUGUCUGUUUGUUGAUCUGAAUAUUCAGCAGAGUCGUUUCCUCGCACACAGCGGUGACCUCGAGGGUCGAACCCAUGACUGGUAUCUGCAGGUCUGCUGCUCUGAGUCUAGACCCCGAGGCGGUCUCUGCUAACGUAGACUUUGGUUCAGGAUCAGAGGGUCCACAUGUGACCCUUUGAUUUCACCUCCUUGUUUUCUUCUUCUUCUUCUCUUCCUCCUAAUUUUGUCUCACAGAGUUCUCACUGUUCACCUUUAGCUCUUCAGCACAGAGGUUCAUCUCUUUAUCUGAGGGUCACGGUGCUCAUGGGAAAUGUAGUCCUGAUCCCUGAGGUCGGGGUCUACAGGAAAACCCCUGACUGUGGCUUUAAACCUGAUAGACCACGUUCAGAUGUUGGUUAAACCAGAACGUCCUUUCCUCCAGUGAUCCGGUCCGCCCUCUUCUUCACGCCCACACCCUCUGAGGUGAAAUGCAUCAUGGGAUAUUCUGCAGUUCUCCAGUCCGUCCUUCUCUGGGACUUUAAUCCCGGACUAACAGGGUCCACGUCCGUCUGGACCAACAAAAGGACUCUCUGCAGACCAGCUUUAACCACAGCGGAGGUGGAUCAGGUCUCUGGAUCUAGUCCAAGUCCCUUUGACCCGUCAGUCCCAGACUUCAGACCACAGGAUCCAGAACAGGGUGUGGUCUGACUCUGACUCACUGAGGCGGGACUCAGUCAGACUGACGGCGACCGUCUCAGCGUAACGUCUCCUGACAGCAGAGGACUUCCUGCCACGCUGUCCUCUCUGGUCCUGGUGGGUCUGGAGUCUGAGGGGGGACCGCAGAGACUGAGUCAGACCCUCUAAGUCCAGACGUCUGUAAAUAAAGGUUUUUAAACGUCUGUUCACGCUCACAGAGGUUUCUGUCGUUCUCGGUGUGUUUCUGUGUUUGGACGUUUCCAGAUGUUGAGGAGGAGGUUCUUGUGUGUCCCACAUGUGGACUCGGUCUGUGAGUGAGACCCAGGAGCUGAUCCAGAGAGGUUCUGAUCUAGAUGAAACACGUCUAUACUCCUCACGGCGUGGAGCUGCUGAGUGACCACGAGGCUCAGAAACGCAGAUCCUUCCCCACAUUAACGUUAAAAUAACCGUCAGGAACAACAGUCAGGACUUUAUAUAAACACACAUAUAUAUAUAAUAAUAUAAAGUUAUAAUUAUAUAUUUACUCUCUUAACCCUCUAGAACACGAGCGCUGAGAUCAGUAACACCAUCACUGUCACUAUCAGGUGAUUUUUACCUGAAAUAAUGAACCCGAGAAAAAGUUUUUAUCACUAAAAUAUAUAAAAAUAGGAGAAAACAUAAAAAAUUAAAGUCGUUUUCUUUUAUUUUUAACAGUUUUAUGUCCAAAGGGAGAAAAAUAAGGGCCAUGAGACCAAAUAAAAAUACAACAAAAAAACUGAAAUUAGACAUUCAGCAACAAAAAAAUCCUAAAUAAAUAAACACAGAUUUAUAAACUGUAGUUAUUUUUUUUCCAGCCCUUCCUGGUUCAUGUCAGUUUUCCUGGUUCAGACUCCGGGUCCUCGGCACAAAAACAGGUUUGGUGAAAAUCACUGAACCUGCAGAUAAAACAGAAAGACGCUCAGACAGAAACUGAUUUAUUUCAUUUUCAGCUCAUUUGUCUAAAGAGCUCUCUGCUGUUUUUAGUUCCUGUUCGUUCUGGUUCUCGGCGGUAAUUGGGGUAAAAUAAUCGUCCUAAAAAGGCGAGAAAUCAUCACACGGCGGCGUUUCCUCUGCAGGGCGGCAGACGUGUCUGAACCGUCUUUUUUUUUAUAAACAUAUAUUUUAUUUUCAGAUUUAAAUAGAACGAAACAUCAUUUUAACUUUAAUAAGGUAGAAAAUGACGAGAAAAGGAUCAAACAUGAAGGACAACGAAACAGAAAGAAGAGUAAACAAAGAAAAACAACAACAACACAACAGUGUGUCAUCAGUUAAAGAAAUGUGUGUCCUUGUGUUUAUAAAGAGGUGUUUUUGUUUUAUCGUUCGCUCACUCUGGGACCCCCUAAACCGUCUCUCCUCUGAAUCGUCUGUUUUUGAGCCUCCGUGUACGAAAUCUUUGAGUUACCGAGAAAAGUGAACGAGUCACGGAGAAGAUCUGUGAGAGGAACACCAGGGAGAGGGACCAACAGCAGGGUCUGUGGUCCACUUAGUGAGGGGGAUUGUGGGAAAUGUGGUCCAGAAACUGUCCAGUAUGAUAUCCUUCAAACUCCAGGACAGUAAACCGGGUAAACCAGGACCGCCGUCCUCCAGGACUGAAGUCUCUGAAGGAUUUCACUCUUAGACCAAACCAUCAAAAAACCGGACCUUCUCACCUGAGGUCUGAGCAGAGUCUGGAUCUGGAGUUCUUCAGGACCACUAAGGAGCGCCCCUGUUUGGUUCGGGUUCACAUCAGUCAGGCGGACGGGUCCUGGAUUAUCAGGAUUGGUUUUAUUGAGCGGUAGGACUGAGUGUCGUCGGCGUAACAGAGAGAACAGAGGUGGACCAAGAACUGGACCUUGGGGUUCUCCAUUUGGAGUUGAGGAGCUGGAUCAGGAAAACCGGUCCUGGGUUGGUACCAGAGGUUCCCACCCAGAGGUCAGUCCAUCAGUGUUGGACCAGCGUCUGGUGUAAACCUGGAGUUUGAGGUCCGAGGUUCUGUUUCCGUUUUUCUUCAUGUCGUGUUUUUUUAUCGUCACUUUUCUUCUCGUCGCUCUUCGAAGGUCGGAGGGUCAAAGAUGGGCGUCAUUCGCUACAUGGGAGAGACCGACUUCGCCAAGGGAGAGUGGUGCGGGGUCGAGCUGGACGAGCCUCUGGGGAAGAACGACGGAGCGGUCGCUGGUACAAGGUACACACACUAACACACACACAAUAACACACACACACACACACACACACACACACACACACACACACACACACACACACACAAACACACACACACUCACACACAAACACACACACACACAAACACACACACACACACACACACACACACACUAACACACACUAACACACACUCACACACACACACACACACUAACACAAACAUACACAAACACACACUCACACACACACACACACUAACACACACACACUAACACACACACACUCUCACACACACACAAUAACACACAAUAACACACACACACACACACACACACACACUAACACAAACACACACUAACACUAACACACACACUCACAAACACACACUAACACACUCACACACUAACACAAACACACACAAACACACACACACAAUAACACAGACUAACACAAACACACACACUAUCGCACACAAACACACACAAACACACACAAACACAAACACACACUAACACACACACAAUAACACACACACUCACACACACAAUAACACACACUCACAAACACACACUAACAUACACACACUAACAUACACACACACACACACACAAACACACACUCACAAACACACACACAAACACACACUCACACACACUAACACAAACACACACAAUAACACACUAACACACACACACACUAACAUACACAUUGUGUGUGCGUCAGGCUCCUUACAUUCCUCGGCUUUUCUCCCUAAAAGGAAAGUAAAGAAGAGGAGGAGAGAGAGGGAGGAGGUGGAGGAGGAGGAGGAGGAGGCUGUGUCUGCUUCGUCUCCAUCUGUUCACUCUGUUUGUCCUUUUGUGUUUGUCCAUAAAAUCACACUGACUGACCCUCAGACCUACAGCUGGUCUGAGAGACGAGGAGGAGGAGCAGGAGCAGGAGGAGGAGGAGGAGGAGGAGCUUUAAACGUGUUCCUCCUGUUUCUCCUCCUCUGUCGUCUCCUCCUCUCUGUUUGGACACGUGUGUUCACUCUGAGAGGAAGAGUCUUUUUAACUGAUCAUGAGUGUUUUCAGCUCAGAUUCACGUUUAUCUUUAUUAAAGGUUAAUGAUCCUCACAGUCGACCUCCUCAGUAACAAACUCAUCAAAUAAAAUCUGAAAUAUGGAGGAACAAGGUUUUUACAACUUUGAAAUAUGUUCAUAUAUAUUUCCUUAAUAAUCUUCAUCUAUGUGUUAAAAUAUCACAUAUUUUAAACCUUAAAAUUGCAGUACAAACAGGGGUGAAAAUAAUACAUAUGAUAAGAAUAAUACUAGAGAUCACCCCCCUUAUAAAAAAAAAGCACAUGUUGUAAAUGAGAAACUGAAUAAAAAGAGCGUCUUAAUGAGGAAACACUGAAGGUUGAAUAAAAUGUUAAAACUGACAGAUUAGGGGGAAAGGUGAUAAAAUAAUCGGUCCAGUAAAAACAUAAGACAGUAGAAAAUAAAGAGUUAGUUACAGAAAUAAAAACAGUCAAAUGGAAUAAAAAGAAACACUAAAAACUUUAAAAUCUCGUCUCUUUCUCGUCUCCCUCGUCUCUUCCCACAGAUACUUUCAGUGUCUCCCGAAGUUCGGCCUCUUCGCUCCGAUCCACAAAGUGAUCCGCAUCGGUUUCCCGUCCACCAGUCCGGCCAAGGCCAAGAAGAGCAAACGGGUGGCCAUGGGGGUCUCCUCUCUGGCCCACAGCCCCAGCAGCUCCUCCAUCAGCUCCGUCAGCUCGGUGGCUUCUUCAGUGGGCGGACGACCGAGCCGAGCCGGGCUGGUAAGAUAACGGCUGAGUUAAAAGACAUUUUAAAAGGGUUUUUAACUUUCAGAUACUCUCUCUUUCUACCCUCUGUUUGAUAACAUUUGAUAAAACUCACUAAAAAAGAGAUUUAAGUGCUUUUAAGGGAUUGGUUAAACUUAAAAGCACCUAAGAUAGAACUUUCCUCUGUCUUAAGUGUUAAUGCUAAACUAACUUAUGCUUCGUAUCAAAGCCUUGUUUUUACUCUGAAGCAUGAGAUUAAUUACCAUCUUUUUUUACUGACUCUUGGCUUAAAAGUGUUUCAGUAGAUUUCCUGAGAGUUUUCCUCAAAGUCAACUUAAGCUGUUUAUGUGAAUCUUGUUUCUAUUGUGCUGCUGAAAAUGACAGUUAAGUGUUUUUAUAAACUAUUUAGAGACAAAAAGAAUAAAAAAGGAAGAAUUUAAUUAAAGACUCCAAUAAAAGAAAUCCAUAAAAAUGUUUUAACAGAAAGAUUAAAAGCAAGAUCAGGAAGGAUGAAAGAAAAGAACAAAACAGAAAUAAAGUGAGAUAAAAAAAAAUCAAAGGCAUGAAGAUUGUAAAAAAGGUAAAAGGCGAGUCUUAGUCUAUGUUCACCCUGCAGGUCAUUCUGAUGUUUUAACCAUCUGUGACUCAUAUCUGAUGUUUUCAUCUAAGUGUGAACAGGUCAGUUCUGAUUGGUUCUGAUCCGACCCUCUUCUGUAUGUGGAUAUAAAUCUGAUAUGUAUCUGAUGUGACUGCAGUGUGGACGCUCAGGUCGCGUUCAUCCGACCUUUACGUCAUCAAUAUGAGACAAACGUCACCAUUGUUCAACACAAACAGGAGCGGAGAGAUAUUUGUGUUUUGUGUUCAUGAGGGUCACUUCACAGACACAUUCAUUGUUGUGAUGUGAACAACCGCACAGAAAGAUCGCAUUUAACAUGAAGUCACGAAUUGUGCAUCAGAACCUGCAGAGAGAACGUAGCCUUAGACAUCAGUAAAAUCCAAGAUAAAAGACUUUUAGAAAACAAAAGCCAAAAAGUAAAUGCUUUAAAAGGCGAGAUAAAAGUCUAUGAGUCAAGAUAGAAGACGGUAACAUUGUUUUAAAAAAACAAGAAAAAAGGAUAAAAAUGUAAGAGUAUAUUAAAAAAAGAUAAAAGCCAAAAUAAGAGAAUAAAGGGCCUAAAAUCAACAAUGGGAAAAAAAGAUCAAAUCAAGAACAAAAUGUUAAAAAAGAUGAAAGAAAAACAUACUGAUCAAAGGAAAGACGAGAUAAAUAAGAUAAAAGAGAAGUUAAAAAGAUCAAAUCUUUAAUCUCAAAAAGAUUAAAAGGAAAUAAAAGAUAAAAGAAGUGAAGAUGAUCUCCAUCUUAUUAUAGUUCAGUGAAACACUGACUCUUUACAGAAACGUCCGGAUGUCUGUUUCAGCGGAAAAGUGACAUUUCAAACAGACGCAGCAGAACCAUGAAAGACCGCAUUGUAUCCACACCUCCUCUGUCUCUCUGUCCGUCUCUCUGUCUGUCCGUCUGUCUGUCUGUCUGUCCGUCUGUCCGCUGAGCGCUCAAUAAUUAGCAUUUAGUCUCUGUGCAGUUUGAGGCUCCGAUCUCUGACUCUGCAUUUUGUUCUGCUGUAAAAAAUGAGCCGAGAGGGAGAGAGAGAGGGAGAGAGAGAGAGACAGAGAGACACAGAGAGAGAGAGCGAGGGAGAGCGACCCACAUCCUGAGGAAUUAUUGGCACCAAUCUCCACAAAUGGGCCUUUAGGGCAUCUGGGAUUGAUUUUAGCUGCUGGCGGUGAGCCAGGUCUUGGAUGGAGGACACGCCCCUUUACUCUCCUUAAUUGUUGGCAUCAGUUUUAGACGGCGGUGAGGACAGGAACUCUGAAUCAUCAUCAUCAUCCUUCCUCCUCCUGUCAUUCCUGAAGACUGCAGAGCUCGGAGUAGAUCUGGACUCAGUUCUCCACCUUUACAGACUCAAGAGAGAGAGAGAGAGAGAGAGAGAGAGAGAGACGCUCUGAUUACUGAGUGAAAUCCUGCUGACUCAUCUGAGCCGGAAACCUUUUUACGGUUAAAAUCUGGAAAAGUGCGUCUCUCUGUGUAGACUAGUCUUCUCCUGUCGACGUUUAUUAAAACUGAGAGUGAAAAUCUCAGAUCCUCCUGCUGGAGUCCAACACCUUCUCAUUCAGACCCUCCUAUUUAAGUCCCCUUUCACAGACAUUUAUCAUCAAUAUUAAUAAUCCUUAAAAUCAAUCAUUUAGAGAUCUUGUGUUUCUGUAUGUUUGUGUUCAGAUAAAGGAAGUCGGUGAAUUUGUUCUCCUCCUGUUUAUGGUUCAGGCCUCUCAGAAGAACCAGAACCUUUGUAGACCAGCUCGGUUCUGCUCAGUCCGUGUCAGUACGGUGAGGGUCCGGGUCAGGACUUAAACUAUUUUAAUCCACCAUGAAGAGGUCGAGAUAAAAAGGUUUGCGCUCGUGUUAGGAGGCGGUUCAGGAGUCGACCGAUCCCCAACCUGCAGGUGAAAGUGAGAGUUCAGGGUUUUUAUAAACGAUUUAAAACUGAAAAUAAUUAAAAAUAGAAAAACUUAAAUAAAGACUCCAAUAAAACAAAAUCAUAAAAAUGUUUUAACAGAAAGAUGAAAAACAAGAUCAGGAAGGAUGAAAGAAAAGAUUAAAAAAGGAAUAAAGAGAGAUUAAAUAAAAUCAAAGACAUGAAGAUAGAAGAAAAUAAAAGGCAACAAUUUAAAUAUCAGUAAAAUCCAAGAUAAAAGGAUUUUAGAAACAAAAGCCAAAAAAAAAAAAAAGAUUAAAAAGGGAAGAUAAAAAUAAACGAGUCAAGAAAAGAUCAGGUGAGAAACAGACAGACGAUAACAUGUUUAAAAAAAAUAAAAAUAAAAAGGUAAAACAAGAAAAAAGGAUAAAAAUGUAAGAGUAUAAAAAAAGAUAAAAGCCAAAAUAAGAGAAUAAAGGACUUAAAAAUCAACAAAGCAAAGCAGGAAAAAAAGGUUAAAAAAGAUGAAAAAAAAAAACACAACUACGGGUAAAAAGCUUUUAUUUUGAAAGGAUUUGAAAUGACAUUUGAAGGCAGUCUUAAAAGCACCGACUCUCUGUGUCUCUAAAAGCUUUUAAAUAUUAAUAACUUAAAUCUGAAUAAACAUGAUUUUUUUAAGAGUAUAAAGACGUAGAAGGAGCGUCUGUUUAUCGGCGUUUUCAGGACCAGAAUCACGAGUUUUCAUCUGUGAUCAGGAGACGUUUCCUGUCUCUACCAAACCCUCAGUUCAGGAGCAGAUCCUGUCUCAGAGCUCCCUCUAGUGGUCAAAGAGGAGAUGAUAAUAUUAAUAAUAAUAAAAAUACAUUUUAUUUAAGAGCACCUUUCUGGACACUUUACAGGAUAAAAACAACAGAGAGAGAAAACAAACAAACAGUAAAAGUAAAUAAAAUCUGUAAAAAUAAAUAAAAUUAAAACCAUCAUGAGGAGUGUGUCGAUCUGACCAGGAGGGUUUUAGUCUGGAUUAAAGAGAGGCAGAGGGUCAGAUUUCUGGAUGUGAGGUGGGAGUGAGUCCCAGAGAUGGGAGCAGAGCGGCUGGAAGCUCCGCCCCCCAUGGUGACGCUGAGGUGGGCGGGGGUCACGGUGAUGUGGAUGGAGGAGGAAGAUCUAAAAUCACAUCUAUCAGAUUAAACUACACCUGUUGGUGCAGCGAUGAAGAACUCCUGUCGUCUUUAAACCCCCGUCUGUCCUCUCACCUCUUCUCUUACCUCGCCAUCGUCCUCCUCACACUUCCUGUUUCCUUUUCCUGUCUCCAGCUGACCGAGACGUCGUCCCGGUACGCCCGUAAGAUCUCGGGCACCACGGCGCUGCAGGAGGCGCUGAAGGAGAAGCAGCAGCACAUCGAGCAGCUGCUGGUGGAGCGGGACCUGGAGCGUGCCGAGAUGGCCAAAGCCACGAGUCACAUCGGCGAGCUGGAGAAGGAGCUGAGCGUCCUGAAGGCGCAACACGUACAGGUGCGUGGAGUUUUUAUCUGCCUGAAUGAAGGACGUCCUGAUGGAUCAGUGUGUGAUCAGAUCCUCUGCUCCACCCUCAGUACCUGACGGAGAACGAGGGCGCCAUGCAGCAGGUCAAAGCCAUGCUGAGCAGCACGCAGAAGGACAAACUGGAGCUGGCCAAUCAGCUGGAAGAAGAGAAAAGGUAACUCUGUCCGUCCGCGGUUAUCCAUCAGUGUCUUUGGGUUUAUCACAGCUGGACUCUGGUGACCCCCGGACCAUCAGGGGUGAGGGACCAACCCGGGUGGUCCCAAAAUCAGAGGUCCAAUCAAUUAAACGAUCAAUAUUUAUACAGAUAUUUACAAAUACGAUAAAGUAGUUUAACUCAGGUGAGAGAGAGUCAGAAAUCAUUAAAUUAUUCAAGAGAGAAACUUGAUCUGAAAACUUUAUAAAGAAGUCGAAAAAUUAAAGGUCAACAAGAAAACAACAAUUAUAGAAGACAAAUGUGAGAAAGAGUCUGAGAGGGAGUUAUCAGAGGAGGAGGUGAAUGGAGGAGAGAGGAGAACAAGGAGGAGAGAGUCUUAGUGAGAGAUUUUAUUACAGCAAAACAACAGAAACCUGGAGACGAUGUGGAGAGAAGAAGGCCGACCAUUUUCAGAUUUUUGUAAAGAAGAGGAUGGAAAACAUUUUAAAACUUCCACUUAGAAGUUUUAUAUUUGAGGAAAGAGAAUCAGGAGAAAAACACGGAUUUACAGUCAUGUUGGUGGGACUAAAAAGACGUCAUCUCCACGAAAAACAGAAACUUUAAAAACUGGGUCGACUUUGUGUCUCAGACUGUGUGCAGUAAAGACAGUGUGUAUUAUAGAUUAUUGAUCCCCCGGUUCAAACCUGUUCAUGUUUAUUAUGUUUAUUAUGUUUAUAAUGUUUAUAAUGUUUAUUAUUUAUGUUUAUAAUCUUUAUAAUGUUUAUUAUUUAUGUUUAUAAUGUUUAAAAUGUUUAUUAUUUAUGUUUAUAAUGUUUAUAAUGUUUAUUAUUUAUGUUUAUAAUGUUUAUAAUGUUUAUUAUUUAUGUUUAUAAUGUUUAUAAUGUUUAUUAUUUAUGUUUAUAAUCUUUGUAAUGUUUAUUAUUUAUGUUUAUAAUGUUUAUAAUGUUUAUAAUGUUUAUAAUGUUUAUUAAGUUUAUUAUUUAUGUUUAUAAUGUUUAUAAUGUUUAUAAUGUUUACCCUCCAACAGGAGAAAAGAGACGAUGAAAGAGAGGAGUGAAAAAAGGACACUCAGUGGUUCUUAACGUGAUUCUGAGUCCAUGCGGUGAUUUCCACUCCAGAGUCUGUUUUUAAUACAGCGCCCCCCUCUGGACUCUGCAGCUGUAGGAACACAAAGACUAUCAGCUGAUUCAGACCUGGUCUCAGUUUUUUAUCUUUUUUGUUGUUUUUCAGGAAAGUGGAGGAUCUUCAGUUCAGAGUGGAGGAGGAGUCCAUCACUAAAGGAGACCUGGAGGUAUUUAUGAACCUCCUCUUUAUACAUGUGUUUCUACGGACGCCCACUGUUAGCUGUUGUUAGCUGUUGUUAGCUGCUGUUAGCUGCUGUUAGCUGUUGUUAGCUGCUGUUAGCUGCUGUUAGCUGUUGUUAGCUGCUGUUAGCUGUUGUUAGCUGCUGUUAGCCGCUGUUAGCUGCUGUUAGCUGUUGUUAGCUGCUGUUAGCUGUUGUUAGCUGUUGUUAGCUGCUGUUAGCUGUUGUUAGCUGCUGUUAGCUGUUGUUAGCUGUUGUUAGCCGUUGUUAGCUGUUGUUAGCUACACCAGCUGUAAACAAACUCAGUAUUUACUCGAACAAACACAGCAGCAGCGUGUCUCACAGUUCGACGUCGGUCAGUAAAACAUAAACACUGAUUUAAUUUAAAACUAAAACUAAACAGAAGUGAUAAUAAAACAUGAGGAGAGCUUCACUGUUACUCUUCACUGUUGAUAAACUGCCAUCUUGGUUGAUGACGUCGUCGUCAAGUUAGGGUUGGCGACGAUCGUCCGACUUUGCGAGUCAGAAAUCCGACUUCAGGAGGGCGAUCCACAACGAGUAAAACUGUAAGGCAGCGUCAGACCUCCUUUUAGUUCCUAAAUUCAUUCACACACAGUCGCUGUAAAGGAGAACUUGACCUUUGACCUCUGUAGUAAGGUUUCCUUCUGCCUACAGGGGUCAUGCCCUCGUCACGCAGCGUCCUUGAGGUUGGGUAAGAAAACGAAGGUGAAAACAAAAAUCCUCUGAUCCGCCGCUCAGCUCCUCUGUGGAGAACUUUAACAACCCUCUGAAGACUGACUCUGCUGCUCUGACUGUGACUGACCAAGACUGUCUGAGGGAGAGAGAGAGAGAGAGAGAGAGAGGGAGAGAGAGAGAGGGAGAGGGAGAGAGAGAGAGAGAGAGAGAGAGAGAGAGAGAGAGAGUGAGAGAGAGAGAGUGAGAGAGGGAGAGAGAGAACUUUAACCCUUUAAAGACUGACUCUGUCUGUUUCUGACCAAGACUGUCUGCCAAAGAGAGAGAGAGAGAGGGGAGAGAGAGAGAGAGAGAGAGAGAGAGAGGGAGAGAGAGAGAGGGGGGGAGAGGAGAGAGUGAGAGAGAGGGGGGGGAGAGAGAGAGAGGGAGAGAGAGAGGGGGGGAGAGAGAUAGAGAGAGAGGGAGAGAGAGAGAGAGAGAGAGAGAGAGAGGAGAGAGAACUUUAACCCUUUAAAGACUGACUCUGCUCCUCUGACUGUGACUGACCACGACUGUCUGAGAGAGAGGAGCUCUGAUACAACUGUGUGUUUGUGUCAGCUUCACUGAAUUUGCUCGGCUGCUUCUAGAUGAUCAGAGAAUGGCUGUGCUGUCCUCCUCCUCUCCUCUCCUCCUCUCCUCUCCUCUCCUCCUCUCCUCUCAGAUAUCCAAACAUUGGUUCUCCGUCGAUAAUUCUCUGACGAUGAUAAACUUUAAAACUUUAAAUCAUCUCUUUGGUCGUCUCUCUCGGCUGCAUGGAUGACCUUUCUUUGACCUCUGACAGACGGACAGAUGUUUCUCCUCUCCUCUCUCCUCUCCUCUCCUCUCCUCCUCUCCUCUCCUCUCUCCUCCUCUCAGGUAUUUCUUUAGAUAAUUCUCUGAUGAUGAUAAACUUUAAAACUUUAAAUCAUCUCUUUGGUCGUCUCUCUCGGCUGCAUGGAUGACCUUUCUUCGACCUCUGACAGACGGACAGAUGUUUCUUCUCGUUUCUUGUCUGAUUUUUUCUCCUCAGGCCUGAUCUUCUUCUCUCUCCUCAGAUCUGUUGUUCUUCUCACUGACGUUUUUGAUUUCUAGGUUUCUCCUCCUGUUUCUGUUUCUUAAAAACAUGAUCAGCGUUGAUCGCAGACGAACCUCCAUCUGAACUGACGGAUGUCGUUUCUCUCUUCUCGUCAGCAAACCACGGUGGAGGAGCAGAGUCGGAUCGCUCAGCUGGAGGAGGAGCUCAGCCUGCGGAGAGCCGAGAUCGGAAACCUUCAGUCACAGCUCAGAGGAUCAGACACGACCAACAACGCCGAGGCGGCCCCGGGGUCAGAGACGCUGUCCGCGGAGAGCAGUGAGCUGAGAGAGAAGUACGAGGCGGCGGCGGCAAGCCAGCAGGAGAUCGAGUCCCUGAAGGCGCUGGUGGAGAGUAAGAGCCAGGAGAUCGGUGAGAUGAAGCUGAAGGUCCAGCAGGCCACCAAGGAGAACAUGGACAUGAUGGACACCUGGAAGGUACUUCUGCUCCGUGACGUGAUUUCACACCGACUAACUCUGAGGUUAACUCUGAGUUUAACUCUGAGUUUGUAAAUACAGAGUUUAUAAGAAGAGUUUUAUUUAACCCUGAGGGGAAAUGUGAUAUAAUUAUAGGAAUUUAUUCAUGUUUUAUUUAUUUAUUUAUUUAUUUAUGUUUCAUUUAUUUAUUUAUUAAUUUUUUAUUUAUAUUAUUUAUUUAUUUGUUUUAUUUAUUUAUGUUUAAUGUAUUUAUUUAAGUUUAAUUUAUUUAAUGUAUUAUUUUUUUAUUUACUUAUGUUUUAUUUUUAUUUAUUUAUUUAUUUUUAUUUAUUUAUGUUUUUAUAUUUUAUUUAUUUAUUUAUGUUCUAUUCAUUUAUUUAUGUUUAUUUAGUUAUUCAUUUAUGCUUUAUUAUUUUGAAUUUUUUAUUUAUAUUUUAUUUAUUUAUUUAUUUAAGUUUAGUUUAUUUAUUUAAGUUUAAUUUAUUAAUAAUAUUAAUUUUUUGUAUUCAUUUAUCUUUUAUUUAUUUAUUUAUUUAUGUUUCAUUUAUUUAUUUAAGUUUAGUUUAUUUAAUGUUUUGAUUAUUUAUUUAUUUAUGUUCUAUUUAUUUAUGUUUAUUUAGUUAUUUAUGUUUUAUUAUUUUUAUUUUUAUUUUUAUGUUUUUAUUUGUGUUUUAUUUUAUUUAUUUAUGGGUUUUUUUUAUGUUUUACUUAUUUUAUUUAAUUAUUUAUGUUCUAUUAAUUAACUAUGUUUAUUGUUUAUUUAGUUAUUUGUCUUUAAUUUUAUUUAUAUUUGAUUUAUUUAUUUCAAUUUUAAUUAUUAUUAUAAUUUUUUAAUGAUUUAUUUAUUCUUUUUUUGUUUUUGAAUAACUUUCUCUCUCUCUCUCUUUUUCUCCUACUCUCCCUUUUUCCUCUGCAGGAGAAGUUUGACUCUUUGGUGGGCGAUCACCAGCGCUCUCUGGACGAGCUGAAGGCGUCUCUGAGCGGCGAUCACGCAGCUCCAGAAGGUCAGGAGCUGGACGCCCAGGAGCUGAGAGCCGCUCUGGAGAGCCUGAAGUUGGAGCACCAGCUGGAGGUGGAGAACCUGAAGGCCAAACACAAGAUCGAAGCCGCCAUCCUCACCAAGGAGCGCGAAGACCUCUGCUCCCGCCUGCAGGAGGCCAAAGAGCAGCUGGCUGAGGGAAACCAGGCUGUAAGGACCGAGGCGGAGGCUAAAAGUGGAAAACAGGCGCUGGAGGAGGCGGCGGAUAAACUCCAGAAGGCGGAGCAGAGGCUGGCGGAGAUGGAGAAGCAUCAGAUGGAGCGGGACAGAAGCACAGAGGAGCUGAGAGAGAGGCUGGAGCUGUCUGAGAAGAAGAUGAGCGACUACCAGGCUCUGCAGAAAGCUCAGGCCGAGAGCCAGGAGGAGAUCCAGAAACUGGAGGAGAAGCUGAGGGUGACGGCCAACCAGCUCCAGGCCAUCCAAGCCGACCGUUACACCUCCAACGAUGCAAAUGUGAGAGUCUGAGAAGAAACCGCCGAGUUCAUGAUGGAGGCUGUUUCUGAGUGUCUCUAACAACGUCGUCUUUUUCAGGUGAUCGAGGACAACGAGAUCUCCGAGGAGAAGAUGAAGCUCAAACAGAAUAUCGAAGGUAAGAAGGGAUGGAUUUUUUAACGGGGAGGAAAAAUGUAAUUUAUUCAACUUUAUGUUAUAUUUAAAAUUAAACUUUAUUUUAUUUUAUUUUUAUUUAUAAUUAAUUUAUAUUACAUUUAUUUAAACUUUUUACUAAAUUUAUUAUAAAAUUAUAUUAAUUUAUAUUAACUUUGAAAUAAAUUAAUAGCAAAUUUAUAUUGAACUCAAAAUAGAUUUGUAUUAAAUUUAUAUUUUUUUCCAUAAUAAAUUAAUAUUUAUUUUAUAUUAAUUAUAUUAAUAUUAUGUGUCUUAACUUUAAUUAACAUUUAAUUUCUAUUCAAUUUUCAUUUCAUUUAUUUCUAUAUUUUUAUUUUAUAAUUAUUUCUAUUUCAGGACUUUAGGAUUUACCGUCAUUCUUCGUACAUUUAUCACCGUUUUUAAACUUUGAUGGGUUUUUUUUAGAAACGAUGGAGAAACUGUUGAAAAGAGAGAAAGAAGUCACGACGCUCACGACCCAAGUGGAAGCUCUUAAAUCCCAGAUCGGAGGUAAAUGAUCGGUCAGGUUCGGGGUCUAACGCAGAAUUAAAUUUAAGAUGUUUUUAAUAAAUGAUCGACAUGUUUGUGAAAUCAGCUGAUCUGAGGUGGUUUUGAAAAAUCAGGAGGUCCAACAGAAAAUUCACCAAAUACCCAAGAAAACAACCGGAUUUAUUUAUUUCUGUUCACGAGAACAAUUUAAGGAUUUAUAGAUGAGCCAUAGAUUUAUAGAUAGUAUAGAUGUUAUAAGUGUUCAUAUAUAGAUCUGUAUAGAGAGGUCAGUAUAGAUGUUAUAAAUGUUCAUGUAUAGAUCUGUAGUAAGGUAAGUAUAGAUGUUGUAACUCAUAGAUCUGUAUAUUGAGGUCAGUAUAGAUGUAGUAUGGUAUAGAUCUGUAUAUUGAGGUCAGUAUAGAUGUAGUAUGGUAUAGAUCUGUAUAGUGAGGUCAGUAUAGAUGUAGUAUGGUAUAGAUCUGUAUAUUGAGGUUAUUAUAGAUGUAGUAUGGUAUAGAUCUGUAUAUUGAGGUCAGUGUAGAUGUAGUAUGGUAUAGAUCUGUAUAGUGAGGUCAGUAUAGAUGUAGUAUGGUGUAGAUCUGUAUAUUGAGGUCAGUAUAGAUGUAGUAUGGUAUAGAUGUGUAUAUUGAGGUUAUUAUAGAUGUAGUAUGGUAUAGAUGUGUAUAUUGAGGUUAUUAUAGAUGUAGUAUGGUAUAGAUCUGUAUAUUGAGGUUAUUAUAGAUGUAGCAUAGUAUAGAUCUGUAUAUUGAGGUUAUUAUAGAUGUAGUAUAGUAUAGAUGUGUAUAUUGAGGUCAGUAUAGAUGUAGUAUGGUAUAGAUCUGUAUAUUGAGGUUAUUAUAGAUGUAGUAUGGUAUAGAUCUGUAUAUUGAGGUUAUUAUAGAUGUAGCAUAGUAUAGAUCUGUAUAUUGAGGUCAGUAUAGAUGUAGUAUGGUAUAGAUGUGUAUAUUGAGGUCAGUAUAGAUGUAGUAUGGUAUAGAUCUGUAUAUUGAGGUCAGUAUAGAUGUAGUAUGGUAUAGAUCUGUAUAUUGAGGUUAUUAUAGAUGUAGUAUGGUAUAGAUGUGUAUAUUGAGGUCAGUAUAGAUGUAGUAUGGUAUAGAUGUGUAUAUUGAGGUUGUCUCUCUUCAUAUUUACACUCUCAGGAUUUAAAGAUGUUUUAAUUCUUCUUCAUGUUUUUUCUCAGCGCUGGAGAGUAAAGUCCGCUCCGGGGAAAGGAAAGCCGAAGCUCUGACCCGUGAGAAGACGCGCAUGGAGGCGGAGCUGGAGUCCAUGACCAAAAAGUCCCAUGAUGCAUCUGGGCAGCUGGUCCACAUCAGCCAGGAGCUGCUGAAGAAGGAGAGGUACGGGGACGAGGGUUAUUGAUUUAACGGUCUGCAGCGGCAGCAGCAGCACUUAGAGCGAGUGAAAAACGACAUCCAGGUUUUCAUGUCGACACGCUGCAUGAAAACACUUCAAAUCAUUAAUCUGAUAAUGGAGCCUGAAAACAGAGUAUCGAUUUAAUUGUUCAUAUUGUCAACUUGAAACAUGUUUUCUAAGUCGCUGUAUUUCUGCCUGUAAAGUUUCAUUAGGAUAAAAUCUAUAUCACUUAUUAACCUCGCCAGAGGAGCCAUUACAAUCAGCGGGAGAGGAGGCAGCUGAUUUUCAUAGAGAGGGGGAGAGAGAGAGGGGGAGAAAGGGAGAGAGGGGGAGAGAGAGAGUUCUGGUUCUGAGCCGUUCUCCGUCCUGCACGCGCUCAGAUCGACCCAGAACUUUUGACUCUCUUCACUGUAACUCAGAACUUCAACGGUCCUCAGGGAGACGGUUUCUGCACAAAGGUACUGAGGUGAAAGAAGAAAGAAGUAAGGUUUAAUAAAAAAUAAAAUAACUUUAUAAACGUGUUCAGAGAGUUUAGAGGAGCUCAGCAGGAAGUGGAUCUGAGGUUAGAGAUGAUAAUCCCAAACCUGUAGACCUCAGCAGCCUCCUGGUCCAGGAUCAUACACUGUUAACCCGGAAUUUCAGACCGGUGGAUCCUGGAUUUUCAGGUCGUUAUUAAACCGCGUCGGACCCCUCCCCUCAGUCGGACUCAGAGUCCUGGUCUAACUCUCUCACAUCCUGCUGCAGUUCUUACAUUAUUGAUGUUUUUAUGGCCCUAAAAGACAGUAAAAAUAAGAGCCUGUGGCGCUCACAGGUUCUGCUGUGUGCGGUAAAAUGAUGGAGCAUUAGUGAGGUUUGAUGAGACGAACAUGAACUUUCUUUCUGUUCCUGCUGCUGAUUUUUCAGAGGAAACAAACAAAGACUUUGAUUCAGGACAGAAAACAGACUCACAGAGUUCAGGUUCUUCUGAUCCACAGAGAGCAGCCGGGUUCAGGGAGGACAGGUUCCUAAAUCUGAUUUACUGCUGAAAGAUGGUUCGGUUCUUCUGUUUGGAAUCAAUCUAGAUUAGAUUAGAUUAGAUUAGAUUAAUUAGAUCACAUUAGAUCGACUUUAUUGAUCCUUUUGUGAAGGAUCUUUCAGCGAAAUUAAAGUUUCUACAGCAUCAGCAUAAAAAAAAAACAUGAUGAUCAAAUAAAAGUCAGAAAUAAAAAUACAAUAAAUUUAUAAAUAAAACUGAAAUAUUAUUAGAGUUUACACGUGACAGUCGUCCUGCUGCGGCUGAACUUCUUAUUGAUCUGAUCGGAUGUCUGACUUCAGGUUGUCAUGGCGACAGUCUGAUGGUGAGGAAUAACACACCGUUGCUAUGGAGUUUUGACCCGACAGGAAUAAAUCAUAUCCUGUCAAAUAGGAAAGGGAGGAACUAAGUCUGAGUCUAAAUCUAAGUCUGAGUCUGAGUCUAAGUCUGAGUCUAAAUCUAAGUCUGAGUCUGAGUCUAAGUCUAAAUGUAUAAGUCUAAGUCUAAGUCUGAGUCUGAGUCUAAGUCUGAGUCUGAGUCUAAGUCUGAGUCUGAGUCUAAGUCUAAGUCUGAGUCUGAGUCUAAGUCUAAGUCUGAGUCUAAGUCUAAGUCUAAGUCUGAGUCUAAGUCUGAGUCUAAGUCUAAGUCUAAGUCUGAGUCUAAGUCUGAGUCUAAGUCUAAGUCUAAGUCUGAGUCUAAGUCUGAGUCUAAGUCUAAGUCUAAGUCUGAGUCUAAGUCAGUCCUGAUCCUCAAUAUCGUUAUUUUAAACCAUGGCGCUGCUGUUGGAGACGCUCUGAUGAUCCCGCUGUAACGAAGCUGCCUUAACCCCCCCCCCCGAGCGGUCUGGGGUUCAAAGGUCACAGAGAUCAGCGGUCUGCUCAUAUACAGUUCAGUUAGUUUUCAGGCAGACCGCCAACUGUAGGUCUGAGCUGAACUCGUCCUCCGUCCUCCUCCACAGUCAUGAUUUUACUGACCCCAGAGUUUGAUCGUCUCUUAAAUGAUGAUGAAGUUUGAGACUAAAGGUCAGAGUAGAUGAAGCGCCCGCGUCCUCCCCGGUGGAUAAACGCUUCUCUUCUCUUUCAGCGCCGCGCCAAGGGUCACGGCGAGUCGAGGCCCGGAGAGCUCAGGCGGGAAAUGAACAGAUUUUUAUAUUUUAAAGUUUUCUGAAAUGUUGAAAUUGUUGGUUUGUGUCUUUUCUCGAUCGCAGGAGUCUGAACGAGCUGAGGGUCUUACUCCUGGAGUCACACCGUCACUCUCGGGACAUGGAGAAGGACCUGAACCGAGAGGUCCACAAGGCGGAGUGGAGGGUCAAAGAGCAGAAACUCCAGGAUGACAUCAAGACUCUGAGGGAAAAACUGCUCCUGCUGGUGAGGGAGACACUAACGCAUGAGCUCACACUGUCUGAGGACAUCUACUCUGUGUUCUAGACGUUCUUUAAAGAGUCCUUCGAGGAGGAGAGGAGGUCUGUGUCGUCUCCUUCAGAAAACCUGUUUUUAAAAAAGACCUUCAGUCCAGAAGGAAUAAAUCAGCGAGGAGACGAGAAGAGAAACGUCGCUGACUAAACAGACAGCGUCAGUGUUCGACGUUUUAUCUGCUCUUAAAAAAACGUCACAAGAUUUCUGGGAAAAGAGCUCGAGGCUCCAGAUCUGACAAAGAGCGACGUUCAUCUUCUCAUGGAGCUUCAGGCCAGAAAACGGAGACGAGACUCGGAGCUGCUGAAAGACGAUGAUCAGAGUUAAAUCUGCAGAGAGUCACAGUUUAAAAAAACCUUUAACUGCAGUUUAGACACUCCCAUGAUGCAAUGCUGCUGUGCUGUCGACUCAGAUAAUACGGAGGAACGAAAAAGUCUUUUUGUGAAGAAUAAUAACUUUAUUUAAAAUUUUUAAAUCAGAAUAAAGGAGAGGAGGAACAAACAGCAGCUGAGAUUCAAAACACUCAAAAAACAGGAAGUGAUUCAGAUUUAUAUAAAGACCAAACUACAAACAAGUUAAACGAGUUUAAAAUAAGUUAAAUAAAAUAUUUUAAAGUUAAAACAAAAUCUAAAAGAGUUAAAACCUGAUUAAAAGUUAAGAGCUCAGUUAAAAAAUUCAAUAAAUAAAAAACAAAAUGUGAAAAAGUUAAAACUUGAUAAGAGCUUAGUUGAAAAAAAAUUAAUAAAAAAAAAUCUAAAAUGUUAAAACAAAAUUAAAUGAGUUAAAAAUAAAAAAUAAAUCUAAUGAGUUAAAACGAAAUGAAAAGAGUAAAAAAUAAAUAAAGAGUUUCAGGCCUGAUUAAAAAUGAUGAAAAAAAGAGACUUUUACAGGCUUCUUUAUGUGAGCUGGAAAAUAUCAACAGUGUUUUUUUACUGUCAUCAUCGAGCCGAAAACACGUCAGAAUCAGAAAUACUAAGAGAAGAUAAAUAAUCGAUAAAAUAAAUGAAAAUAAAGUGAUAAUAAACAGAGACGAACACUAUAUACAACAAAAUAACAUCCAUCCAGCUUUAGGUUAGAUAUCCUGACGACAGCGUGACCUGAGAGAGAGGAGGGUCUGUGGAGGGUCAGUGAUACUCUGUCUGUCUGUCCGUCUGUCUGUCUGUCUGUCCGUCUGUGGUUCAGGUCUGUAAACUCAGAGCUGAAACCCUCACAGUGAUCGUCUGAUGUUCUUGUUCUGUAUCUGAUAUGAACGUCUGCAUGUGUCUGUUUCAGGGUCGAGAACGGUCCUCUCCUGACCACCGGCGGUACUCCAUGCUGGACCCCUCGGUCCUGGACUCUGAGGUGAGCCGCCUCCGCCAACGGCUGCUGAGCACCGAGGAAGCCCUGAGGAACGCCCUGGAACACAACCAGCAGGUCGACCAGCUGGUGCUGGCCAUGAGAAGACACCCGGAGAAAAGUGCGGUAAGACGGAGAGAAACAGACGUCAGUGUAAAAACACAGGAAGUGGUCUGAGGAGACACAGGCGGACAACGACCCGGGUUUACACUAGAGUCAUCAAAAACAGACACUUUAGUUUCUUUUGAAUAGAUAGAAAACAACUAGAAGCUGACUCAGUUCAGCCGCUCCUCUGAUUCAGUGGUUCUCAACUGGUCUCACUCUGGGACCCACAUUUUCCCACGGUCCAAAAGUCACGACACACUUUUAUGAAACUCAAACCGAGAAAAUGUAGUUUUUAUUAAAAAAAAACCUUUAAAGACUCAAAUCUUAAAAUCUAAACAGUGAUGAGGAAUGUUCACAAAGUCAUUCUCGGCGUUUCUCGGAACAACACCGGCAGCGACAGCGACUCACUCCAUGUGCAGGGGCGUGGUUUCCUCCUCUCUGAUUUUGAUUGACAUCUGGCAGGAUAGUCUGACUGGCAACUGAGAAAAGAAUGAAUGUGAUUGGUGGAUCGCUGCAUAUAUAGAGUCACAUGUCAGUGUAUGUCAGUCAGUUACCCUUGAAAUUAGACGAGUUCAUUCACCUCCGACAUCGCAGGCCCUGACAUGUGACUAUCACGCACACAUACAUCGCCAUGACGACGCUCAAACGAUAUUUCGUGCAGCCCUAACGUCAAAUGUACAAACUGGAAAGGUUCAUCGACGGAAACAGGUUUAAAAAAAUCCGGAUAGAGGCGUGUUAGCGCUGUACGACAUCAUCACCUCCUCUAGUUUAUAAAUGUAGUUUGUCAUCGUUUACUGAGAUAUGGUGAACUAUCAUCUCUGCUGUGGGCUGACGAUGGAUGUCUCUCUUUCUCUCUCCCUCUCUCUCUCUCUCUCUCUCUUUUAGGCUCAUGGAGCAAAUUCAGCCAAUGGGAUCCAUCAUCAGGAGGCGGACGGCGCUCAUGAUGUUGGUAUUUGUUCUUAUAAAAAACUCAUGAAUGUGGCGCCUCUGUGACGUCCUGAAACCCCGUCUGUGUUUGUUCUUCAGGACCAACACUGAUACGAGCGGAGGAGGAGGAGGAGGAGGAGCAGGAGGAGGAGGAGGACUUCAGCGGGACACUCAGAGACUCCCUCAACAUUUCUGUCCAACUCUGAGACUGGAGGACAUUUCAGUUUACGGUCCAAACCAAAACAGCCAAUCUGAGUUCUGAGUGAAUUUACGUGUUGUUGCCGAGCGCUUCUAUUAGCCAAUCAAGACGACCGCUUAAAGUACUGUCAAAUAUACACGAGAGAGGGGACACGGGCAUGAACGAAGAGAGAGACGGAGACCAACACCAGAGAGACAGUCUGGACCUGCAGACCGCCGGGACUCUGUGAGACUUUGUGACGGGAGAGCGGCUGACGGACGCUGACGGAGGAGGAAGUGAAGACCCGCCUCUUUUCUCGUCUUUGUUUUUUAUUUAUUACUUUGAUUUUGCUCCUCAGCUUUGUAAUAAUCCUGUUCUGGCCAGUGACACUCUGAGCGGCUCUGGAGGACGGCGCCGGUUUUAGAGGGAGUUUGGGUCUUUGUCUCAUGUGAGGAAGAGUUCGCUGGUCAUUAUUCAGACUGACGCCUUAAUGUGAGGAGGAGACUUUAAAAACACGUUCAGAGGACACGACAAAGAACCACUGACGGUUCUUGGACUGGGUUCAUCGUGUCUUUCUUGAUAAAUGACCAUCAGACGUUCUUUUCUACAGACACGGGUUCUUUAACGACCUCGCCGACAUGUUCCGCCGUGCUGACAGCGGUCUUGUGUCACGUGAUGGUUGUGUGACGCGUCUUAAAACAGCUGAUGUUUCCGAAGGCGUGGUCUUUCCGUCAGUUUGACAGAUCGGUCACGCCUUCAGCUGCCCACUCGCCCCCUGAAAUAUGGCGCUCCAGGUGUGGGAGAGCAGACACGCCCCCUCAUCUCGGUUAACGGUCCACGGGCCUCGCUUCCAUGUGGUCACACAACCAUCAUGUGACACUCUGAGGAAGACUGCUGUCAGCACGUCCAAACAUGUCAGCGAGGUAAAUAAACACGUGUCUGUAUAAAAGAAGAUCUGAUCGUUACGACUGAAGGUGCUGCUUGGUCCACAGGGGGCGCCAAAACUGGCACACCUCUAAAGUUUCUCCUGGGAGCUGAAAGGUAACUUCACAUGACGACCAUUUUUGGAGUUUGUCGCUCUAUUUAAAACCUAAAACAACAAAACUAACAUCAGCUCAAAUAUCCACGAUAACUCCGCCCUCUUUUGGUCGUGAAAACUUAACUUUUUCUAAAUCUGACAUUUAUCAAGCGUUCAUGUGUUGGACUCUAAAAAGGACCUUAAAGACAUCUAACCAGUUCCCAGAGGUCCAGGUGGUCUAGGUGGUCUUGUGGUCGUGGGGGAACUGAGGCGACAUCCAUGUUUCAGACGAUCAGGUGAUUUUAGGUUAAAGCUCCUGUGUGGAACUUUUUUGUUUGUGUGAGUUUGGCGCCCCCUGUGGACAAACCAAUAACUUGAGUAUAGCAGCUUAUCUUGUCUCCAAAAAGUUUUUUUUUUUUCAGACAAUAUUUCAUCUUUUUAUCUUUUUAAUCCCUAAAAGUUUAUCAUGAAUAUUUUGAGGUUAAAAGCUUUGGACCCGCCCCCCCCACGACUUUAUAAAAAGGCGUUAAAACUGACGAUAUUUAAGGUUCAGAGUUUUUCCUGAUGGUCUAAUUUGCUCUUUCAUGUGAUUAAUUUUCCUCCUUGUCAAUUUCAGUCUCUUUAAUAACCAGUGAAAAACUCCUCACUGGAGCUUUAAGUCGCCAUCAGACCGAUCUCCCUUUAAAACCAGGGUCAGGGUCGGGUUAUAGGGUCAGUUUGGACCCCCUGUUUGGACUGAAGAGGACUCUGAAUGAGGACUUGAGCUCUGAGUCCUGUUAGAGGAUGAAUACGGUGAAUUAUUCCCGACUGUUCUGACCGACCCUCCACCAUCAGUCCACCUCUGAUUUACCGGCUGUUUCAUUUCCGCUGGACUGUGUAAUCUGACGGACUCCAUUGGUACUCUAGUAUUAAUUCUUCUGGUACACGAUGGCAGCCCUGUUUGAGCCCAUCAUGAUGCUGUAUUUACAUGUCCUUUCACCUUUUGCUAAGCUACUGAAGGGCUGUCACAGGAGCUAAAACCCAAACUAUGGAUGUAAGAUGUUUCGCUAAACGUGUGGAUUUCAUUCAGAACGAUGAAUUUCUACUUGAAGUCUUCCAGGUAUUGUUUCAUCCGUGUGUCGACUAAACUCAAAGAUCCUGUUUGCACCUUUUUUUUGCUUCAUGAGACUGAGGUGAGCAGCAUCCAAGCUCGGUUUUCCUGAGCUGAACAUGCAGGACAGGCGCCGGUCAGCGACGAUAACGCCGAAAUUUUUCAUUGGAUAUUGUACAUGGCCUUUUCAGCUGGAGGGUUCGUACCCUUUGGAUUAUUGCUGCAAUGGUUUCAGAGAUUGGGUCAUUAAAUAUUAACAAUGUUGGCAAAGGCUGCUGGUGUUUUAUUUCACUGUCUUUCACUCUUGUGUCACUUCUGUGUGUUUGUUUUUGAGGAGGAAAAACACAGAAGAGAGAUUCGCUCUAAAAAAGGCGGUUUGACUUCAUGACACCGAAGGGAUGGCGGUUUUAGGAGCGACCAUAACUACUUAUUCAUUACUCAGCUGCACACACGGUGAAAUAAACCCCGCUGUAAAUCAUUUCCUCAUUUCCAGCAAAUAUUCGGUGGAUGUCGCCCAGAAGAGGAGGCAGAAAGUCGUUUAUCUGGAAAAAGGAGGCCAAGUUCCUGCAGAUGAAACCAGACGUUGCGUGUUUGUUUGCUCUGUGUGGAUUUCUAACCUCCAGAUAUAUCACUUUUCCUGUUGGCGUUGGCAAACGUCAGGUUUUAUCCACACGCCCUAGUUUCUUUGCCAGAGGGCAGAGCGGUUAUACAGCUGACAUUUGGUUCAAUAAGUGAUUUAUGAGCAGGAUUAAGGAAACAGAGGAAUCAUGGAGACGUAUUUGGGAUUAUCAUUAAGAUAUAGAAGAGGAUGAGAAAUGAUUAUUACCAAUAUUUUCUUAAAUGACCUUUCCUCAGAAUGUAAAGGGAUAUUCCAGGAUUCAAGUUCUUAGUUUGGCAUUGAUCAAUAUGCUAUAGUAUUGAUCGGUUGUACGCCAGAUCAUAUGUUAUAUAACCAUCUCAUGCUUUAGAGACUAAACCUGGAGAUAUUCUUCAGCAGUAUAUUAAAAACUGAGGAUGCAGCAUCUAUGAUUUCCAGUUCUUCGUUGAAAGGACAACUGGACGGCGAAACGUCCCAAAUAAGUCCAGUUGUCCUUUCCCAAAGAGUGUUAGAUUUAGAGUCCUGAUGCUCCUAAACCUGGAGAUCUUGUUCAGCAUUAAAGGGAUAUUCCGUAACACCGAGUUAGACCCCCCUCCAGAGAUGAAUGUUGUCGACCGCUUGCCUCUCUAGUUUUACCAACAAAUAAUGCUCAGAACAGCACCUAACUUCAUCAACAGGACAUAUAGGGUCACAGACAUAGUACUAGACACCAAACAUCUUUUUAACUUUGACUCAUUUCUUUAGCAAAGAGACUAAACACAACUCACCUACUCUCUUCCAGCAGACGCUUGUAGUAAUAAUGCAUCAGAUUUCAUACAGCGCUUUAUCAGAGACCC